UCUCUCUCUCUCUCUCUCCUGGCCCCCUGCUCCGGUCUCCUUUUAUUGUGAGGCCCAGCCCCAACCCCUGGGAGUGGAAACCAGAGGAGCAACGCCCUUCCCUGCCUCCCUCCCUCCGUGGGAUGUUAUUAUUUUCUUCACCAACCAGCAAAACCCCAACUGGAGUAGUGCCCACUGCCUCCUUCCCUUCCUAUAUCUAUCCAGCACCUUGCUCUCCAAGCUACUCCAUACCCAGACCGUCACAAACAGGUUCUCUUGUUUCCAGAAAUGGAGAAAAAUCCCGAGGACCCAGAGUUUUGGCUCCCCUCCGACUUCCUUUGCGACGAUUUCUUCCUCGAUGAGGCAGAGAAGAACAAAAGCGAGGCGGAAGCAGCCGGGGACGCCGAUUCCUGCUUUCCCUCCGAGAUCACGUCCGGAUUUGGCUCCGAUCCGGCCUCGCCGGUGGAGUCGGUGACCGGAACCGAGAGCGAUGAGGAGGACUACAUCGCGGGACUGAGUGAAAAGAUGGCUCGUUCCUUUCUCCAGGACGAUGAGAAGGGGACUUCAAUUCUCCCCCCUCACCACAGUAAGAUGCGCGUGCUGUCCGGGUCUCCACAGUCGACGCUGAGCCCCUGGUUGGCCUCUGGGAGUGGGAGUCCCUGCGGCCCUUCGCUGGUUUCAUCGCCACCGUCUUCUCCUCUGGAGAAGCACAAGGACGAUCCCUGGGAUAUGCUAUACGAAGCCGCAGGACAGGUGAUGCGACUUCGGUUAAACGAGCAGAGCGCUUAUGGCCGCGGACUCUUGGGGCCGCCGAGGAUGCCUUCGCCGCCGAUUUCUGUCUCUUCCAAGCACGCCAAUCCCAGCGCAAACGCCAACCCAGUCUACCAUCGUACUCCAGUACUCACACCGCGGCAGUUGCAGGAGGUUCAGUUUUAUCAUCUACAGAAGCAGCAAUUAAUGAAGCAGCAGCAUUCUUCCGACCGUUGGGCUUGGCAGAACAGAGCGAAGGGGGGCGGCGGCGGCGGGGUUUAUGGGGGCGAUGGGCGGAGCGGCGGUCGACCUCUCGGUUUGCCGUCUUCCGCGUGGCCGCCUCUCCAGAAGCAGCAGCAGCAGCAGCAGCAGCAGCAACCCCUGCCUGGUUCCGGGAUGAGAGCUGUUUUUCUCACCGGAUCUGGGGCCAGAAAAGAGUCCGCUGGCACCGGUGUGUUCUUGCCUCGAAGGGUCGGGACUUCAACCGUGUCCCGCAAGAAGCCAGCUUGUUCUACUGUUCUGCUUCCGGAUAGAGUGGUUCAGGCACUGAACUUGAACCUGGAAGAAUUGGGAGCCCAGCAACGGUACCCUGGUGGCUUUGUUCUUGAUCACGAUGCGCUGGUUGGCCGGAGCAACUCUGCGCUAGCCCACCAGAGGCGGAACCACCUGCGUCCUCCGCCAGCAGCCGUUACAAGCCAAGACAUCCGCCUGCCUCCAGAAUGGACUUAUUAGCCCCUCGCCGCUAACCUUUUGUUUUUUUACUGGUAGCUAGUAGUGUUGCUGUAGGUAUGGGUUAGGAAGUUAAGCUAAAUCAAAGGAAGAAAAAUAAAAUCCAUUUGUAGGUGUUGUUAUUAGUGGACAGAAUUAUAAUAUAUUGCAUUCUUGGAAGGAGGAAGUUCUGGGUGGACGGAACUGCAUGUUGUUUUUCUUCGGUGCAGGAAAUAGUGGGACAUGAGGAGGGAAUAAGCCCGCAGUGUUUUUGUUGUUUUGCAGAAGGAAAAUUAGCAAGUGGGCUCUUAUCAAAUAAGUGAAUCAGUUCUUUUAUGCUUGCUUGCCAAACCCACCUAAUUCUCCCUUUUGCAGCAUCUUAAACUCGCAGAAAGGCUCGAAGUCUCUUGGCAUGUGUAAUAAUAAUCAAAGUGUGUAUCUGGUUGCCUGUGGUAUAUUUCUCUUUUAAUUUUUUGUAUGGGGGGCAGAUGUUAUUAGGACUUGGUAAGAAGAUAGGAUGGCAAUGAUCUGUUGCUUGCUUUGUCAAACCUUCUUGUUUUAAGCAAAGAAUUUGGUUUAAUACUA